UCACCGAUCUGAGGCCCCGCCCCUCCAGUCUGUGCCAUCUUGUAUUUAGCAAGAACAAAAACGCAGAGAGGAUCAAGUCCAGUCUCGGGACGGGGCGCAGGUCACAACACGGACUUCUUCAACAGUGUGUUUAAAACAAAACGCUUCGGUGCAGAGAGACAAACAUGCCCGGGAGUGAGGCACCGAGGAGCAGCAGCAGCCACACCCCGCACAGCCGCUAACGUGAGCGUUAGCUUCCCAGCUAUCAGAGCUAAGCUAGCCAAUUAGCUAAGGCUAGUAGCCCAGUGACGUUAGCGAGGCAGCAGGAGAGUUCACAGUUUCUCUCGCAGCCAAGUGAGAUUCAGAAUCUGUUGGUUCAAUCGACUGCGGGACUUCGGUGGUGAUGGGCCGGACGUCGUGUUGAUCAUCUGCCGAGAGGAAACCCGGGCUAUGCGGCUGCAGGCUCGCUGCUAGCUCGGCUGCUAACGGUUGUUUUUCUCGGUGCACAGCGGAACCACAAUAAGCCGCGGCCCUGGCCAUGCCCGCGGGUGCUCGGGCGGGAAACCUGAAAGACCCAGACGUGGCGGACCUCUUCUGCAAAGAUGAUCCGGAGAAGAUGUUCGCUGACCUCCGAGAGAUCGGCCACGGCAGCUUCGGAGCCGUGUACUUCGCCCGAGAUGUUCGUAACAACGAGGUGGUGGCCAUCAAGAAGAUGUCGUACAGCGGCAAACAGACGAACGAGAAAUGGCAGGACAUCAUCAAAGAGGUGAAGUUCCUGCAGAAGCUCCGUCACCCGAACACCAUCGAGUAUCAGGGAUGUUACCUGAAGGAACACACAGCGUGGCUGGUGAUGGAGUACUGCCUCGGCUCCGCCUCCGACCUGCUGGAAGUUCACAAAAAGCCGCUACAAGAAGUGGAAAUUGCUGCUAUUACCCAUGGUGCACUGCAGGGAUUAGCAUAUCUUCACUCUCACAAUAUGAUUCACAGGGACGUGAAAGCCGGUAACAUCCUGUUGACGGAGCCCGGUCAGGUCAAACUGGGCGACUUCGGUUCGGCGUCCAUUGUGGCUCCGGCCAACUCCUUCGUGGGGACGCCAUACUGGAUGGCCCCGGAGGUGAUCCUGGCGAUGGACGAGGGCCAGUACGACGGCAAGGUUGACGUGUGGUCGCUGGGCAUCACCUGCAUCGAGCUGGCCGAGAGGAAGCCGCCGCUGUUCAACAUGAACGCCAUGAGUGCCUUGUACCACAUCGCUCAGAACGAGAGCCCCGUGCUGCAGUCCAACCACUGGUCGGAUUCCUUCCGUAACUUCGUGGACUCCUGCCUCCAGAAGAUUCCCCAGGACCGGCCGACCUCUGACGUGCUGCUGAACCAUCGAUUCUUGUGCCGCGAGCGUCCGCUGACGGCCAUCAUGGACCUGAUCGCACGAACAAAGGACGCGGUGCGUGAGCUGGACAACCUGCAGUACCGCAAGAUGAAGAAGAUCCUCUUCCAGGAGACACAGCAGAACGGGCCCGUGUCCGAGGGCGGCGACGACGAGGAGGAGGCAGAGCAGUACCUCUUGCGGACGGGCACAGUCAACAGUAUGGAGAGCUCCCAGUCAGUCCCCAGCAUGUCGAUCUCGGCCAGUUCUCAGAGCAGCUCCGUGAACAGUUUGGCCGACGCCUCCGACGACAGCAGCAAUGAGAUGGCGAUGAUGCAGGAGGGCGAACACACUGUCACGUCCAACAGCUCCAUCAUCCACCGGCCCACGGGUCAGGACAACAUCUAUGACGACCCUUACCAGCCCGAGAUGGAACAACCCCAGGUUCCCUCCGCCGGACGCCGUCGGGCCUACUAUCGCAACCGCGACCACUUCGCCACCAUCCGAACGGCCUCUCUGGUGACCCGUCAGAUCCAGGAGCACGAGCAGGGCUCGGCGCUGCGGGAGCAGAUGUCCGGCUACAAGCGGAUGAGGCGGCAGCACCAGAAGCAGCUGAUGGGCCUGGAGAACAAGCUGAAGGCGGAGAUGGACGAGCACCAGCUGAAGCUGGACAAGGAGCUGGAGAACCAGAGGAACAGCUUCUCCACCGAGGCCGACAAGCUGUCCAAGAAGCACCAGGCCAUCCUGGAGAAAGAGACCAAAGCCGCUCUGGCCGAGGAGAAGAAGUUCCAGCAGCACAUCCAAGGUCAGCAAAAGAAGGAACUGACCAGUUUACUGGAGUCGCAGAAACGACAGUAUCGCCAACACAAGGAUCGACUGAAGGAGGAGCUGAGCGAGAACCAGUCAACGCCGAAGCGUGAGAAGCAGGAGUGGCUGAUCCGUCAGAAGGAGUGUCUGCAGCAGAUGCAGGCGGAGGAGGAGGCCGGUCUGCUGCGGCGGCAGCGGCAGUACUACGAGCUGCAGUGUCGCCAGUACAAGAGGAAGAUGCUGCUCGCUCGUCACAACCUGGAGCAGGACCUGCUGCGAGAGGACCUGAACAAGAAGCAGACCCAGAAGGACCUUGAGUGCGCCAUGCUGCUGCGGCACCACGAGUCCACCCAGGAGCUGGAGUUCAGGCAGCUGAGCUUGGUGCAGCGAACUCGGGCCGAGCUGAUCCGCACGCAGCACCAGACGGAGCUGACCAACCAGAUGGAGUACAACAACCGCCGCGAGCAAGAGCUGCGGCAGAAACACACGGUGGAGGUCCGGCAGCAGCCCAAGAGCCUGAAGACCAAAGAGCUGCAGAUCAAGCGUCAGUUCCAGGAGACCUGUAAGAUCCAGACCCGUCAGUACAAAGCGCUGAGGAACCACCUGCUGGAGAGCACUCCCAAGUCCGACCACAAGGCGGUGCUCAAACGCCUCAAGGAGGAGCAGACACGUAAGCUGGCUAUCCUGGCUGAGCAGUACGACCACUCAAUCAACGACAUGCUGUCCACUCAGGCUGUGAGUAAGCUGCGACUGGACGAGACGCAGGAGGCCGAGUAUCAGGUCCUGAGGAUGCAGCUGCAACAGGAGCUGGAGCUGCUGAACGCAUACCAGAGCAAGAUCAAGAUCCACACAGACACGCAGCACGAGCGCGAGGCCAAGGAGCUGGAGCAGCGGGUGUCCAUCCGCCGUGCGCUGCUCGAACAACGGAUUGAGGAGGAGAUGCUAUCGCUGCAGAACGAGCGGUCGGAGCGGAUCCGGACUCUGCUCGAGCGCCAGGCCCACGAGAUCGAGGCCUUUGACUCGGAAAGCAUGCGGCUCGGCUUCAGCAACAUGGCACUGAGCGGCAUCCCAGCCGAGGCCUUCAACCAGGGCUACCCCACACCCAGCCCCUCGUCGGGCUCCGGCGGCUGGCCGUCCAGGCCCGUCCCUCGCUCGGGCAGCCACUGGAGCCACAGCGUGCAGAACUCGGUGGCCACGCCGUCCUGGCGCAGUCAGAACCACGGAGGAGGUUUCGGCCGGGCCGAGUCCGUCGCCACCUCCUCCCACGGCAUCGGCAGGGACAGUGAUCUGAGCAAGAGCGGCAGGGGCCACACCCCCUCCUCCUCUGGCUCCUCCCACUCCUCCCACCACCACCACCCCCAUCACCCCCACCCCCUUCACCACCCCCACCCCCACCACCAGCAGCUCUACCUCCCACAGCACUACCAGCACCACCAGAGCACGCCACAGCUGUACCGCGACAGCCACGAGCGUGACCCCCGAGAGCGUGACCCCCGAGAGCGUGACCCCCGAGAGCGUGUCCCCCGGGAUGACCCCCGGGAGCGUGACCCGCGGGAGCGGGAGCGGCCGAGGGAGUGGGUGGGAGGAGGGGGCCACUACUCCCAUCACUCCCAGGGCCACCACCACCACUUGCACCACAUCCCCUCCCACGCCUCCUCCCAGUCCCUGGCUCUCCUUCCACCACCGCCUCCCCCUCCCCCCAUCACCCUUUCCUCCUCCCCCCCUUCCUCUGCCUCCUCCUCCUCAUCAUCGUCACAGGGAGGCUACGGCGGCGGGGGCCUGAGCGUCAGGGGCCCCGGCCUGAUGGCCCUGAGGAACAGCCCCCAGCCCCUGAGGAGGACGGCAUCGGGGGGGCCGGGCGGCGGCGGGAGCGACGGCGUGCUCAGCCGGAGCACGUCGGUCACCUCCCACAUCUCAAACGGCUCGCACCUCUCGUACUCCUGAGACCUGCCAUGGUCACGACGUCCUGAGGCAGAGCGACGCCGCCUUGGUCGCUCGGACGCCAUCUUUAGUUUUCACAGUAAAUCACCGUUAAAGAAAAAAAAAUUUAAGUAUAAAAAUUUUGGGAAUCUCCUUUCUGAACGUGAAGAAAGAGAGGAUGUUUUUUAUGAGUUUCUGAAACAGGAAAUCACAAGUAUUAAAACCCCUGAGGGAGGGAGAGGGGGGAGGGUGAAACGAAACAGUCCAGAAAAAGAAAAUGUGGCCAAAAGUCUGAGACGACGACAAGAGAGUCUCAACAUGACGAAUCGAGUCGGAUUCAAACAGUGAAUCUGUUCGACAGUGUCGCGUCCAGGACGAGGGCGUCGACCGUGGAGUCGUUAGUUUUUUUUCAUUUCGUGGAUCUUCCACUUUGGCUCGAGGUGCUUUUUAAAAAACCACUGUACCUUUGUAAAUAACUUUCAAUUGUAAACCUGGUUCAUGUUUAAUACGUUCAGUGAGGGGGGGGGGGGGGGGGGGGGUCGCAAACCUUUUUUAAUUUGUAGUGAUGAGAAUCUGUUCAUGACGACAAUAAAAAAGAAAACACUGCCAUCUUUUUGUUCCCAUGCCCGUCGACCGGCUCGUCUGUCGUCUCUUCAUCAGAUGAAUAAAGUUUUUUUUUUUUUUUUUAUAUAACGUCACCACUUUCCAACACCAUCCUCUCGUCUCCGUCAUGACAACAUUCGAUAUCAACACUCGAUCGAGAAAUUUUAUUUAUGAUUAGAAUUUCAACCAAAAACUUUACUGUAAAAAUAUAAUAAUAAUAAUCAGACGGUUUGUUGUUAAAAAGAUCCGACGUGAGAACGAGACUGAAGCUGUUGGAAAGUUUCUGCAUGAACGUGUACAGACGACAUUUGUAUGAAUAACACAACAUAUUUAUAUAAAUGUAACGUGUGUGAACAUCGCAGGUUUCCUGAACAGACACUUUGACCUUUUACCUGCAUUGUACAUAAAAGCAUUAACAAUAAUAAGGAUUCUGUCGUCGCGCUCUAGAAUCAGACAAAUAGAUUAUUGACAUAAUUAUUAUCACGACUGCUGCAGGAGGAAUGUUUAUGUUCUGAUGCUCGUUUUUAAAUGUAAUUGCCAAUUUUGACCACUAGGUGGAGAAUAAGAGGAAUGUUACUGUGACUCAGGGGGAGGAGUCUACGGUUGUGGGUGGGGCUACAUUCUAUUUUAUUUUAAUUUUAUUUUUUUUGAGCCAGUAUUAAAGCAUGGAGCGAACGGACACAUUUCCAGAUUCGUUCUCUAAGUUUGGUGCCAUAUUUUUAUUAUUUCUUAUUUUAUUAAUGUGUUUUACAUUUCUCUCGUCACAUGAAACAUGGAACCUGCGGAACGAGAAGAAAAAAACAAAAAAUAGAACUUAGUUUAAUAAUUGGAACGUUUCAUUCACGAGGUCGUUUCUUGUAAUUAUCUCAACACAUUUAAUAUCGAACACGUUGAUCGUCUCAUCGUUUGGUUUUGCACAGUUUCAAUGGAUAUAAGAGAAAAAUAAAUCAUCCAAUCACUUUCUGCAGGUGGAAAAUUAAUAAAUUAGCGUUUUAUUAUUUAGCUUUAUUAUAUUUCAUGAGGUGUUUGACCUGGUGUGACCGGGUGUUGGUUGUCGGUCUCGUCUACCUCGUUUGCACUGAUGGUAAAAGAAUGUGUGGAUUAAAAAAAAAUCUUUUUCUUCAUGUGCUGAUGUUUGUGCAAAUGUUGACGAGAGAGAGAGACACGCUGUGAACUUCCUGUUUGGUUUUCCCUCCACUGACACGUCACGACCGGACACGCUGGACUCUAAUCCCUCAGAUUAUGAUUUUUAUGAUUAUGACUUGUGCUCAGCGGAGGAUAAAGAGAUGAAACGUUGCGUUCACUGACCUCAGAGGUUUUUACCCACAUUCACAGCAACAGUCCGUUAACAUUGAGUUCACUGACAGUGUGGAAAUUAUCUUUUGAGGAUUUCUGUGUAAACAUUUUGGACGAAUGUUUUUUUGGGUAAUUUUCACAUUUGCUGUUUUUCUCCAGAAUCGCAUGAUGAGAUUAAAAUCAACCAAUGAUUUUUUUUAUCAUUGGUUCAUUUGCUGCUCCGUGGUGCGUUCAAGGUCCAGUUUGACUUCAGAGUCAACGGCUGAAGCAAAUUUCCAAAAAAAGUAGAAUUUUUGUUUUGUUCUGUUCCAGUCCAUCCUCAUAUUCCUGGUUCAGUUUUAAAUGUUAAUGUCAAACAAACUUCUUCAGUGUCGCUGCCUCCGACUCCGAACGACCCCAGGACUAAGAGGAGGAGGAGGAGGAAGAUGAUGAUGAGUCAGUGUGAGUGUCUCAGACAUUUAGGUCGAGUUUCACACGUUCAGGUUCGAUGCAAAAUGUUUGGAGAUUGUUGAAAAAAAAUGUUGUACAGAAACGUAACGAAAUAAUUUUGGACAAAUAAAUGGACAAAAACAGA